UCGGAAUGUCUUCCGAGCACCCGGGACAGCAUACAGAAAUUGAUUCUCAAUCACCUCAGAGAUGCCAACAACCAGUUUGUCUGGCUUCGCGGAUCUCCCGGGACCGGGAAGACCGCGAUAAGUUUAAGUAUUGCAUCUACACUCAAAGCCGAAGGCACUCUUGCAGCCUCCUUCUUUUGGGACAAAAACCAAAAGGGAACAGGCCUAGAUUCUUUGAAGUUGUUCCCUUCUACCCUUGCACGCCAACUUGCGCUCUUCAGUGCAAACUUCAAGGUGUCACUUAUCAAAUCCCUUCGGCGGCCAGAAAUGGAAUUGUUCCUGGAGCUUUCCCUGGAGGAGCAGAUGCGGACUCUGAUCAUUGAGCCGAUGAGUGAUCUCAAGGGGGUGUUGUCUGGUGGUGACAAACGCUUUGCUAUCAUCUUAGAUGGCUUGGAUGAG